AUGCUGAUUGUGUCAACGGGACAUACAUUCGGCCCUUCUCAGGACCAUCAUCCCUCGGAUCCACACUCCCAUUACAAUGUUCAAUUUUCGAAUGCGAACCCGCCCCAAAACGACGCGGCGCAGUAUCCGGCAGCGACGCCGUAUCAACAGAGCAGCUUUCCUCCAAGCAACCAAGGCAUAGACCUGCAUCAUCCCAUCUCGCAGUUUCCCCCGCCCGCUGCGUCGAGCUCCCGCUUCCAGCAAGCUCCGCGGAGGACAACCGUCCAGAAAAUCAAGACCCAGAACGGCAAUCUUGUGGUUGAGCUGCCUGUUCCCAAUCGGUAUCUGGAGCUCUGUGGCCGCACCGAUGGCCGAGAGUUCACCCAUCUGAGGCAAGUUCCACCUGAAUACACCGCCGUGACUUGCGAUCCCGAUCAGUUCUGUCGCCCAGAGGCCGGCUACAACCUCAGGCCGCGGAUGUUUGGCCGAGACACCGAGCUCUUUAUUGUCAUCACCAUGUACAACGAAGACGAUGUCCUGUUUGCAAAGUCCAUGUGCAGCGUCAUGAAGAAUAUCGCAUAUCUUUGCAGCGACAAGUGCCGAAAGUCCUGGGGCCCGAAUGGAUGGACCAACGUCGUGGUCUGCAUUGUGGCAGACGGAAGAACAAAAUGCCAUCCGCAAGUUCUGAAGCUGCUGACGCUCAUGGGCUGCUACAACGAGGCUGCCAUUGAUAUCGCCAAGGCUGUCAAUCAAAAGAACCCCACCACAGCGCAUCUGUUUGAAUUCACGACCCAAAUCGUCGUUGAUCGCGACAUGAGGAUCCGCAGCCACCGGGAUGGGCUGGUGCCCGUGCAGGUCCUGUUUUGUCUCAAAGAAAAGAACGCCAAGAAGAUCAAUAGCCACAGGUGGUUCUUCAAUGCGUUCGGGCCGGUCAUCAAACCGAACGUUUGUGUGCUCCUGGAUGUUGGCACCAAGCCCACUGGUCGAUCCAUCUACUACCUAUGGCGUGAGUUUGACCGCAACAAGCACGUCGGCGGCGCUUGCGGAGAGAUCCGCGCCGAAGGCGGAAAGGGAUGCUCCAACUUUUUGAAUCCGUUGGUGGCAUCCCAAAACUUUGAGUACAAGAUGAGCAACAUUCUGGACAAGCCACUCGAGUCUGUCUUUGGAUACAUCCAGGUUCUGCCCGGAGCAUUCAGUGCCUAUCGCUACUCGGCUCUGCAAAACUCGUCGCCCAACACGGGCCCACUGGCAUCGUACUUUCGAGGCGAAGCCCUCCAUUCCGAGGCAGCCGAUGUCUUCUCUGCCAAUAUGUACUUGGCCGAAGACCGUAUCCUGUGCUUCGAGCUCGUCACCAAAAGGAACGAGGCAUGGCUGCUUCGGUACUGCAAGUCCGCCAGCGCCGAGACCGAUGUACCAUCCAGUCUGCCUGAACUGGUGUCGCAGCGCCGCCGAUGGCUGAACGGGUCGUUCUUUGCUGCCGUGCAUUCCAUCACCAACUACCCCAUGUUCUUCCGGUCCAACCACUCCAUCCUACGCAAGCUCAUCUUCACCUUCCAGACGUUGUACAACAUAAUCAAUGUCAUCUUUAGUUGGAUCACCAUUGGCAGCUUCUAUUUGACCUUUUACUUCCUGUUCGAGGGGGUAUACUACAGCGAUCCUUUUGCCGGACAUGGCCCAGUCAUAUUUCAAGUUGUAACACAGGUCUAUCUUGCCGCAAUCGUGAUCCAGUUCAUCUCAUCCUUCGGCAAUCGCCCACAAGGAUUCAAGCUGCUUUACUACGCCUUGCUUGUCAUCUGGUCGAUCAUCAUGGGCUUCCUCCUGUUUAUGGCGGGCUACACUGUCUAUGUGGUUAUUCCAAAGACCCUCGAUGAGUGGCGCGACAUUGGCUCGCUGAUCAACCAGCCCACCUUCCGCGACCUUGUCAUCAGUCUGGCCAGCACCUAUGGACUGUAUUUUGUGGCCUCAUUCCUGUAUUUGGACCCGUGGCACAUGUUUACGUCGAUGGUUUCAUAUCUGGUUUUGCUGCCGAUGUACGUCAACAUCUUCAUGAUCUACGCAUUCUGCAAUCUGCAUGAUAUCAGCUGGGGCACCAAAGGCGACAACGGACCAGGGGGCUCCUCUGGACCGUCUGUUCCUCUCCAGGUAAAAGGACCCGAUGUCACUGUCGAAGUCCCCAUGCCCGACGAGACCCCCGAGGAGAUGGACAAAAACUAUGCUCGGCUCAUGGAGGAUCUCAACCGGCCCCAAGAAAGGGUCGCCGCCAAGGUCGACGCCAAAACCAAGAACGAGGACUAUUUCCGGCUCUACCGAACAAACGUGGUGCUGGCGUGGAUGCUCACCAACGUCGUCCUGGUCAUUAUCUUUACGACCCCGGCCAUCACCGAUCUGAUGGUCCGUUCGAACCGCGGAGCCAGCCCUGUCCGACGCACCAUGAACCCGUAUCUGACGUUCCUGUUCUGGUCGGUGACGGGCCUGGCCGCAAUCCGCUUCCUGGGCAGCAUCCUGUACUUGCUCAGUUGGAUCGGAAACUUGGCCUGGGAUCUGUGCUGCAUCCGCAACAAGCGAUUCACUCCCCGAGCUUCCCGAGCUUCACGAGUUUCAAUCAACCCAAAUGCGCCCCCGGGCGACAGGUAUUUGAUUUGUGAUGCGGACGAUGUCAUGAGAGGGCGGCCAAGUGCGAACAGCGUCUGCAUUCAAACCAGAGGCCCAGCAAAUGCCUCUGCAAGCAUAUCAGGAUUGACACCUUCUUUUCAUGCCAACGAUCCACGACCUCAUGACUCAGCGACAAGCCAUUUGGUCCUUGAAGAUAUACCCAUCCAUACCCAUCAUGGGAUUCAAGGACUCGCCGGUCACUUCAGCACGGCAGUGGCCGUUAAAGAAGCUUGA